CGCUGUUAGUUUUCUUCUAGCAGACUUUUAUUGUCAGCUUUCGCUGAAAAGUGUUGAAUAGAAACACAAAUGAAUGUAUGUUUUACAGUUUUUACUUUUGACUUCUUUUUGCGGGGAAAGUCUCUGAGCCGAGCGACAGACAACUUCAGCAGCACCACAUUUUUGUUCUCUGAGCGCUUCAUCCAUCCAUUCAUCCACAGCGGCGAGGAUGGGGGACGCGGCGGCGGAGUGCACCAUCAAGGUGGUGUGCCGUUUCAGGCCGCUGAACAGCGCUGAGGUGGCACGCGGAGACCAGUACAUACCCAAGUUUAAGGGGGACGACUGUGUGCUGAUCGGGGGCAAACCAUACUACUUUGACCGUGUGUUCCAGUCCAAGACAACUCAGGAGGAGUUUUAUAAUGCUGUGGCUCAGAAGAUAGUCAAAGAUGUUUUGGAGGGAUACAACGGGACCAUCUUUGCUUAUGGGCAGACAUCUUCAGGCAAAACACACACAAUGGAGGGGAAGCUUCAUGACCCUGAAAUGAUGGGAAUCAUUCCUCGAAUUGUGCAAGACAUCUUUAACUACAUUUAUUCCAUGGAUGAGAACCUGGAGUUCCACAUCAAAGUUUCAUAUUUUGAAAUCUAUUUGGACAAAAUUAGGGACUUGUUGGAUGUGUCAAAGACCAACCUUCCUGUACAUGAGGACAAGAACAGGGUCCCAUAUGUCAAGGGCUGUACCGAGCGUUUUGUCUGCACUCCUGAGGAGGUCAUGGAAGCCAUAGACGAGGGCAAAAAUAACCGAAGCGUGGCUGUCACAAACAUGAAUGAGCACAGCUCCAGGAGUCACAGCAUCUUCCUCAUCAACAUCAAGCAGGAAAACAGUAAGACUGAACAGAAAUUAACCGGCAAGCUGUACCUCGUCGAUCUGGCUGGGAGUGAAAAAGUGGGUAAAACUGGAGCAGAGGGUACAGUGCUGGAUGAAGCCAAGAUGAUUAACAAGUCCCUGUCUGCACUGGGAAUUGUCAUCUCAGCUCUGGCAGAAGGCUCGUCCUACAUACCAUACAGAGACAGUAAGAUGACCAGAAUCCUGCAGGAUUCCCUGGGAGGAAACUGUCGGACAACUAUGGUCAUUUGCUGCUCACCUUCGGCUUACAAUGAUGCAGAGACCAGGUCUACAUUGCUUUUUGGACAGAGAGCAAAGACCAUCAAGAACCAAGUGAGUAUGAAUGUGGAACUGACAGCAGAGCAGUGGAAGAGCAAAUGGGAGAAAGAGAAGGAGAAGAACAAGACACUGAGAAACACAGUCACCUGGCUCGAGAAUGAGCUGAACCGCUGGAGGAGCGGAGAGAGUGUGCCAAUGGAUGAGCAGUUUGACAAAGAAAAGGCCAAAGAAGAAGUCCAGGCCCUGGAGAGCACCCACCACAAUGACAAGAUGCCACCCAAACCUGCCCUGAGCUCCCUGCCAGGAGUCAAACUCACAGAUGCAGAGAAAGAGAAGUACGAGGCGGAAAUGGCCAAGCUCUACAAAGAGCUGGACGACAAGGACGAUGAGAUCAACCAGCAGUCUCAGUUGGUGGAGACGCUGAAGCAGCAGAUGUUGGAUCAGGAGGAGCUAUUAGCAUCCUCUCGCCGUGACCACGACACAUUGCAGACGGAGCUGAACCGGCUGCUGGCGGAGAAUGAAGCCUCCAAGGAGGAAGUGAAGGAAGUGCUGCAGGCCCUGGAGGAGCUGGCUGUCAACUACGACCAGAAGAGUCAGGAAGUUGAAAACAAAACCAAAGAGUUUGAGGCUCUCAGUGAAGAGCUGAACGAGAAAUCGAGCUCCUUGGCCUCCAUUGACUCAGAGCUUCAGAAAUUGAAGGAGAUGACCAACCACCAGAAAAAGAGGGUCACUGAGAUGAUGUCAUCAUUACUCAAAGACCUGGCUGAGAUAGGCAUCGCUGUGGGAAGCAAUGACAUCAAGCAACAAGAGAGCGGUGGUCUCAUUGACGAAGAGUUCACCGUGGCCCGUCUCUACAUCAGCAAGAUGAAGUCAGAGGUGAAGACCAUGGUGAAGCGCAGCAAGCUGCUGGAGAGCACACAGACCGAGACCACCCAGAAGCUGGACGAGACUGAGAGCGAGCUGACUGCCUGUCAGCUCCGCAUCUCCCAGCAAGAAGCCAAAAUCAAGUCCCUGACGGAGUCCCUCCAGAAUGUGGAGCAGAAGAAAAGACAGCUGGAAGAGAAUGUGGACUCUCUCAGUGAGGAAAUAGUCAGGAUCAGAGCCCAGGAGAAGGUUAAUGCCAUGGAGAAAGAGAACGAGAUCCAGUCUGCAAAUGAAGUCAAGGAAGCUGUGGAGAAGCAGAUCCAGACUCACAGAGAGGUCCAUCAAAGGCAGAUCAGCAGCCUGAGAGAUGAGCUUGACGCCAAGGAGAAGCUUAUCACUGAGCUGCAGGAUCUGAACCAGCAGAUCAUGCUGGAGCAGGAGAGGCUCAGAGUGGAGCAUGAGAAGCUCAAGGCUGCUGACCAGGAAAAGAGCCGCCAGCUGGAAGAGCUCACGGUGCAGCAGGACAGGAGGGAGCAGGCCAGACAGGACCUAAAGGGACUGGAGGAAACUGUGGCACGGGAGCUGCAGACACUUCACAACCUGAGAAGGCUCUUUGUCCAAGACUUAUCCACAAGAUUAAAAAAGAAUGCUCAGAUGGACUCAGAGGACACGGAGAGCAGUGCUGCCCAGAAGCAAAAGAUCAGCUUCCUGGAGAACAACCUGGAGCAGCUAACCAGAGUUCACAAGCAGCUAGUACGGGACAACAAUGACCUACGCAGCGAAAUCCCAAAGAUGGAGAAGCGCCUGCGGGCCACCGCUGAACGGGUCAAAGCCCUGGAGACCGCCCUAAAGGAAGCCAAAGAGAAUGCAGCCCGUGAUCGUAAACGCUACCAACAGGAGGUGGAGCGCAUUAAGGAUGCCGUCAAGCCUAAAAACAUGGGCAGGAGAGGGUCAGCACAGAUAGCCAAGCCCAUCAGACCUGGUCAGCUGCCAGGGGCUCCCAUAAACUUCAGUGUCAACAGGUCCAACCUCAUCCCGAACAACCACCCUACCGGCAUUAAGGGAGGAGGAGGCAAUAACAGUCCCUGAUGGUACUAAUACUCACUCAGAUACAAAACCAAAGAAGCAGACUGACAUGGACAUCCAUCAGCUGAAUCGUUGCACUAUUCUUCCAAUGUCUAAAUGUGU